AUGGGGAAGAGCUUGUUUGUGUUCAUUUUGCUAGUUGCUCUCUUUGCUACCGAUGAGACUAUGAUGAGUGUGACAGAAGCAAAGAUGUGUCAAUCGACGAGCCAUGCAUUGAGUUGUGCGACUGACACGACUUGUAAUAGCUCGUGCGAAAAGCAAGGUUUUGCUCAAGGCAAAUGUGAUGGAAUACGUCGUCGUUGUACAUGUUACAAGCAGUGCUGA